AUGAAACCCGCCGUGGCUGUCCCAGCAACCGCCGCUCUGGUCUACCGUGCCUGGUCGCGUAAAUCGUUGACCCCGCUUGGCAUCGCCACCGCCGUCCUCACUGCCGUCGCCCAUGCUGUGCACCCGUGGAGCGUCUUCUUCGCCCUGCUAGCCGUCUUUUUCCUCAUCGGCACGGCUGCCACCAAGGUCAAGCACGAUGUGAAAGCCCGCCUGACCCAGUCCUCGUCCGGCGCGUCCGGCGGCGAAGGCGCCCGCACCCACGUCCAGGUCCUCGCGAACUCGCUCGUCGCUUCCGCCCUCAUCCUCCUACACACCCGGCAGCUUUCCCGGUCUGCGCCUUCCAGCACCGCCUGCUGGAAGCCCGCGAGCCACCUGCCCGUCGUGGGCAUCGUCGCGAACUACGCCGCCGUCGCGGCCGACACCCUCUCUUCCGAGCUGGGCCUCCUGUCCAAGUCGCGCCCUCGUCUCAUCACCGCCCCGUGGCGCGCCGUCCCGCCCGGCACAAACGGAGGCGUGUCGCCGGCCGGCCUGCUCGCCGCGGUCGCGGGCGCCGCGGCGAUAUCUCUGACGGCCGUCGCCCUCACGCCCUUCUGCCGCGAGUGGGACGCGUCCUCCAAGGCCGCCUUCGUCGCGGCCAUGACCGCCGUCGGCGUCUUCGGCUCCCUCCUCGACUCGCUCCUCGGCGCGCUCCUCCAGGCCAGCGUCGUCGACGUGCGUACCGGGAAGGUGGUGGAGGGCGCCGGCGGUCGCAGAGUGCCCGUCCACGCCGCCGGCUCGUUGCAUCUCAAGCAACGCGCCAAGGUCCGCAGCGCGGCGGAGCAGCAGGAGGGCGCCGGCAGUGUGGCAUCGUCGUCGGGAGUCGAUGCGGCGACGGCCGAGUCUGCCAGAAGAGCCGGCAGCAUCAUGCCUGAAGACGGCAAACACAACGAGAGCAGGAGGCUCGACACCGGACGGGACAUUCUGAGCAACAACGGAGUCAACUUUGUCAUGGCUGCUUCGGCAUCCGUCGUCGCCGUGCUUGGCGCUGCCUUUGUUUGGGAAAUCCCGUUUUCUGCUGUUCUGGCUGUCUAG